UGUGAUAAGUGAUAACUGAUAACAACUGUCAUUGUUUAAAACAAUUGUUUUGUUUCUGUAAUUUAGAAUUCUUUUUAGUCUAAUAAGUAAUAACUGUUGUGUAUUUUAAUGUAAAUUGUAAAUAAAUUUCUACAGCUGUGGGGCCGUUUUGACAAUGAAUAAAAUGCGAACGAUUUUCAUUUUGGAUGCGGGGGCGUUAUUUACCCUACAGAUUUUACAAUUUUUCUGUCUGGAUUAUUACAUAAUGAUUGUGUUCCAGAACACUUAUUACUCCAGAUAUCCAAACAUACUGUUCCUAAUGCUCAACAUAGUAUUGACAUUAUUGUUCUACCACACUUUCCUCAACUGUUAUAGAGAAUACAAAUAUGAACGCAGUAAACAGACAGGAAAUCUUGUCGAAUGCAAAGCUAAGUAUCCUGUAUACCUAAACUGCAUCACUUGGGCCACAUAUGUGACUGUGUUGUUCAGUAAGAUUAUGAUGAUUUUUUCCAACAAUGUCAUCUCGUUGGUUUCCAAUGAUGAUUUUAUGGGACCACAAAUGCUCAAGUUACUUAUUGGCGUUUCUGGUAUUGUAUUUUAUUUGUUAAUCAGUGCUGAAUGUUUUGGACGACAAGUAGAUCGUGAUAAAUGGCCUACAAAUGCAUGUAUUAUUGAGAUUUUUGAUUCUGUUGAAAUAUUAUCGAUAGUUAUAGCAUCAAAUGCUAAAAUUGGGUACAUAGAGUAUUUGAUCUACACUACAGCUUUUUUAAACUUCAUGUUACCAUUAUGGGUAUUGUAUAAUGUUUCUCAGCCAGACAUUGAUACCAAGCCAAUGGGACUUCCACAACCAGUAUGUUAUAAUUUUAUGCAUUUAAUGUUAGUUCAAAUGCCUUUUUUGGGCAUACGAAUGUAUAUGUGGAUUGUGUUCAAUCAAAAUGCCUCAGUUUUUAUUAUGAAAAAUCUGUUACACUUGUUAUUCUUUUUGCAUUCAUUGUAUCCAUACAUAAAAGAAAUUUCGAAGAAAAACCAAUAUAGUCCCGAAACUUGUCCCAAUGAAGAUGUGCCAGAAAUUCUUUUGACUAAUCGUAAGCAUGAUGAACCCAUUGAGUUACUUUAAACGAUAAUGCAUUAAAGACGUUAACAUGACCUACUCAUUGAAACAAAAGAAAAAAAAUUAUAUUUAAGUUAUAGAUAAUCUUUUAGUUAUUACAAAAAUGUCCCAAUCAUAUAUAGUAAUAUUAAUUGUAUUAUUAAAUAAUCAAUUAUAUUUUUAGAUAUGCAUAUACUUACAGUGAAUAUACAUAUCUAAUUAUUAAAAUGUAUAUUUUAUACAAAUAUAUGUAAGUAUUUACAUUUUUCCUUAUACAAUUAUUCUUAUUUCUUACUGUUUACUUUUUUUUGUGUAUAAAUUAAAUGUUCAAGAAAGACUUACCAUGUGUUCUAAAAUUGAUUCUCAAACAUUGCCAAAUAUAUUUUAUUAAGACUGAUAUUAAUUUUAUAUUUUCCUAAUAUAGUUUAUUAAUGAUCUGUAUUACCAUUGACGUAAUGUAUAUUUUUAUUUUCCUAACGUAUAAUUUUAAUUGAGAUGGAAUUGUAUGUGUUCAGUUUUGUUUAAGUAAAUGAUGUGUUAAUUAUAAUAACGUUUUAAUUAGAAUUACAUAAAAUUAAUGUAAUAAUAUAGAAUUUUUUUUACAUUUUA